AUGGCGGCAGCAGACGUGGCUCCCCAGUUUGGGACAGAGCUAAAGGAUAACUUUAAACCAGUCAACGCUUGGGUAUCCAAUGGCAUCUCAUGGUUGGAAGAAAUACAACAAUUCUAUCGCGAGCGCAGUGCUAUCGAAAAAGAAUACUCCGCCAAGUUAAGCGCUCUGAGCAAGAAAUACUACGACCGCAAAUCGAAGAAGAUUAGCCCGCUGAGCGUCGGCGACACCCCUACCUUGACCCCGGGCUCGCUCGAGAGCGCCUCCCUGACGACAUGGACACAUCAAUUGAAUGCCAUUGAAGCCCAUGCAACCGAACGAGACAAGUUCGCAACCGACUUGGUUGCGCAGGUAGCGGAACCCCUCAAACAUGCGGCAACUCAGUACGAAGAGAUCCGCAAAUGUCAUGUCGACUACCACGGGAAACUUGAGAAGGAGCGAGAUGCAUCAUAUGGGGAGCUUAAGAAAGCAAAGGGCAAAUACGAUGGAUCUUGUCAGGAGGUCGAAUCUCGACGUAAGAAAAUGGAAUCGGCCUUUGACCAUGGUAAAGCCAAGGCGCAGACCGCAUACCAACAACAAAUAUUGGAAAUGAACAAUUACAAGAAUCUGUAUCUAAUUAGCAUCAACGUCACGAAUAAGCUGAAGGAACGGUUCUUCCAUGAAUAUGUUCCCGAAGUAUUGAAUGGCUUGCAAGAUCUCAAUCAAACUCGAGUCAAGCGGUUGAACGCGCUAUGGACUCUUGCUGGUCAAUUGGAAAAGUCAUAUCUUACAAAUAGUGUGAAUCACACUACGAAUCUUCUCAACGAGAUCCCUCGCAACGAUCCUCGCCUGGACUCAAUGAUGUUCCUCCAACACAAUGUCAGUCAAAGCCAAGAACCCGGCGAUACGACUUUCGAGCCCAGCCCUGUAUGGCAUGACGACGCGACAAUCAUCACCGAUGAGGCUGCCAAGGUAUUUCUACGAAAUGUGCUUGGUAAGAGCAAAUCAUUAGUUCGUGAGCUGCGGGUCGAGGCGGAUAAGAAGAAACGUGAAGUGGAGACUGGCCAAAGAGUUCGAGAAAACAUUCAACAGGGUAAAGACAAUCGCAAUGAGGUUGAUAUUGUCCGAUCUAUUUUCUAUCUGCAAGAAACCUUGCAUGAGGUGGAGCGUAAAUGGCUGACAGCUGAGGUGGAAACAUCCACUAUCAUAUCUGUGGCCGGCGACUUGUCCAUGGGAGCCAAGAAUCACAACUUUAGGUCCCAAACAUUCAAAAUUCCCACCAACUGUGAUCUUUGCGGAGAGCGCAUCUGGGGCCUCUCUGCGAAGGGAUUUGACUGUCGAGAUUGUGGGUACACUUGUCACAGCAAGUGUCAAAUGAAGGUGCCGGCAGAGUGUCCUGGCGAACAGACCAAGGAGGACAAGAAGAAACUCAAGACUGAGCGCCAAGAACAAGCUGGUGCUGUUCCAACCAUCGACUUGGAAUCACCUGCGACUUCUGCAGCUGCUCCGUCAUUAACGCGACAAAACACUAUGACCUCCUUGAGUUCAGGCUAUGCUGCCAGUACAGCCCGAUCAGUAUCGGUCUCCAAUGUCGCGACCCAGCCUACCCCCGAGAGUCCUGCGGAAGCACCCCCUGAGCCAGUUGCAGAGAACAAACCAGCGGCUGCGAAGAGGCAUCGAGUGUUGGCUCCACCUCCGUCGGCUUAUACUGCGCCACCUGUCAGCGCCCCCAGUCCUUCCAAGUCAAGCGAUCCAAAGGGUAAGAUGCUCUAUGCCUACCAGGCCACUGGCGAUGACGAAGUAACUGUCCAAGACGGGGACAAUGUGACAAUCGUCGAGCCUGAUGAUGGAUCGGGCUGGCUACGCGUCCGAGCCGGCUCUCAAGAGGGACUAGUCCCAUCUGCCUAUGUCGAAGCUGCCCCAACCCCCUCCCCAGUGCCAUCGGCUAGCCCCGGAGUUCCCGAAAGACCCGGAUCAACCUACUCUAAUUCAUCAGCCUCCCUGGCGGGUAGCAUCGCCAAUAAACGCGUCGGGCCCGCGGUUGCGCCCCGCAGAGGUGCCAAGAAGCUACAGUAUGUGGAGGCUCUGUACGACUACGAAGCGCGGAGUGACAUGGAGUGGACCAUGGCUGAGGGCGAUCGCUUUGUCCUGGUUACUCGGAACGGUGGGGAUGGGUGGGCCGAUGUCGAGCGCGGUGGAGUUACGAAGAGCGUUCCAGCGAACUACAUCCAGGAGGUGUAG